AUGUUAGUCCGCGUCCUUGCAAGAAAUGUUAGUCGGCCAAUGAUGUUUGACAAGUACGAAAGUAGCCCGCAGCUAGGCUAUCCCUCACAGUCGUCGAAGAUGUGGGCAAGCACCAGCGAGUUACCCAUUUUCAUUACUGAGAACCAGUCGCGCCACACAGUCUCUCUGCGUCUCUUCAUAUGGGCCCUCGUCUGCUUUACCGCCGUAGCGUUGACGUUAGGUCUGGGCCUCGGGCUCGGCUGUGCCCGAUAUAGAGCCCUCCAUACCACACCAUUGCCCUUGCUGUCUAAUUACAGCAUCCGCUACGGUAUCCCCGAGAACCUUGACGUCGUUCCCAUAGAGAGGCUUAUCAAUAAGCGGGAGCUCGAGCUGGAUACAGACUUUGCCGCUUCGAGCGAGCCUCGGGUCCGCGAGUUCGAGUUCAAUGUGUCGGUGGCGCUGGCUGCGCCGGACGGGUUCCGGAAACCGAUGGUGUUGGUGAAUGGACAGUCUCCGGGGCCGCUGAUAGAGGCGAAUGUGGGAGAUACGAUUCGGGUAAGGGUUAAUAAUCAUAUGACGAAUAGUAGCACGUCGAUACACUGGCAUGGCAUGAACCAGAUCGGCACGCCGUGGAUGGACGGCGUAGCGGGCGUUUCGCAGUGUGGGAUCCCGGCCGGUCAGGGGUUUACGUAUGAAUUCCGGGUAGUGGACCAGAGGGGCACGUUUUGGUGGCAUGCGCAUUCGUCGGUGCAGUAUAGCGACGGUGCUUAUGGGGCAAUUAUUAUACGCGAUCCUGGAGAACUGGUGCCUAAGACGGACGACGAGAAGCUCCUGUUUGUGUCGGAUGUAUAUCACACCUACGGGUCCGUUAUAUUAAAAAGCUACCUCAACUCAACGUCGAAAUGGGUCGACUGGGAAUCAGGCGUCGAGCCACUAGCCGAUAACGUCCUGCUCAACGGGCAGAACACAUACAACUGCUCCGUCACAUCAACCACAUACGCACCAUCUGCAGACCAGCCCUUCGAAAAUACCUGCACGGGCGGACAACUCUACACGACGAAAGUACGCCGUGGAAAGACCGCACGCUUACGGCUAAUCAACGCCUCCUCGUUCCUAUCGUACUGGUUCAGCAUCGACAACCACACGAUAUCCAUCGUCGAGCUAGACGGCGUCGAAAUCGAGCCUAUUUCUGCCCGCGGCGUGUAUCUAAACCUGGGACAGCGAGCCUCUGUGAUCCUAACCGCAGACCAGGAGCCCGGCAGCUACUACGUGCGUGCUUCGCUGCCGAAGACGUGUUUUCUGCCGUACGCGCCGUAUAAUAGCUCGGGGCUCGAGGUAGCGGGGUAUGGGGUUAGGGGGAUGAUAUCAUAUUUCGAAGGUAGUGAGCGGGAGGCAGGCGAUCGUGAUGAUAGUCCGGUACUUGAGGCCAUUGGGGUUGCUGGAAAUACGUCGAACCCGUAUGGCGUCGAGAACAACGGGUCUAGGGGAGACGUGUGGGAGGGAUGCGAUGAUAUGCCAUUCGACAUGCCAAAACCGAUGCGAAAACAAGCCGCGGUGGACGUAAGCGAGGCAAAUACGCAUUAUCUCGAGUAUGCGUUUCGCCAGGCGCAGGAGGUCAAUCGCAUUUUCGUCAAUAAAACCUCCUACCUACCCCUCCCCGCCAACGCCACCAUCUGGAAAGCCCUAGACCAACAGUUCACACCCGACAGGUCCAACUCGUAUAAUAGCUGGGACUUCGGGCUCAACCAGCAAGUCCUACUAAUCCCAGACGCCAACCAAGGCGCUCAGAUCGUCAUUAACUCGCUUGACGCGAUGGAACACCCGUGGCACAUGCACAGCAGCAGCAGCACCGAUUCCACGACCUGGAACCUCGCGAACCCGAUGCGCCGCGACACCGUCACCGUCCCGCCCUUCAACCACGUCGUCCUGCGCUUCGCCGCCGAUAACCCGGGGCUCUGGGCCCUGCAUUGCCAUGUUGCGUGGCACGUCGAGGGCGGCAUGUUUCUCACCUUAGCCGAGCGGCCAUCCGAUCUCGUCACGCUAGUUAAUCAGAUGGAUCCCGACACGAGACGUCAAAGCCAGGGCUUCUGCGGCGUGGCCACAUAA